GAAUUUCCAUACUCUCUUCGACGAUUCCUCUCCGUUAUUUUCACCACUCUCCUUAAUCUCAUUUCUCACGCUCAAUAAAAGCGGCUCACAGAAAAACCUCACAACCACUUACACCACGCGAUGGGGUCUCCGGUGCACGUGCCGGCGAGUGAAACGACGCCGUUUUGGACGGACGAGAAGCACGUGCAGUUCCUGAACACAAUGGAAGCUUCCUUCGUACGCACAAUGCUAGAGAACAAGUGCGUCUCUUCUCACCACCGUUACUUUCUCCCCCUCGAUCGCCACCUCCCUGACACCUCCGAAUCCACGUUGGAUUUGAAACCCCGACGCCGCACCAGAAAAUACCAUGCACCCUCAGAUUCAAUGGGUCCAACAGCAAGAAGAACGAGGAGGAGAUCAUUUCAACUCUGCAAUUCGUCACAGGACCAGGUGGUCCCACAAGUAGAAAUUGAAAGAGAAGGCGCAGCUUGUAAUGGUGACGAUGAUAAAAGAGCAGAAAAUUAAUGUUUAGUGUACCUUUUCCACCAACCAUCAUCGGAAGUGUUUUUUUUUUUAUUUUUUUUUUAUUUUUAUGGUAGUUUAUUUUUACCAUUC